CCGCGCGACACCGUUCCCCACCCUCCCAGGCCGCUUUCCGGACGCGGGGAAAUAGCCGAAGACCCCUCCACCGCCGCCGCGCCACGAGGCAUAAAGAGAGAAAAGCGAAAGGACGAUAGGCCGCGGCCCCGCACACUUGUCCGGGCCUCGGUUCCUUCCGUCCCAUGCGCGGCGCAGAUCCUUCCGCCGCUCUCACCCCACCCCUUCCCUCCAUUGCUGAGCUCGGCAAUUCCCGCAGUGCCCGGAUGGAAAGUGUAAUGGCCGCCAAUAGUGACUCGUCGGAGUAUGGAGACGGGCGAGGAACAAAGAAAGAGGUGGAGAGAAAAAUGAGCGAAGACAAAUAGCAGGCAUUUGCUUUUGUCCAGUAAUCAGACCAGUGAGAGGAAGGAGCAAGGAGAUGGAGGAGAGGGGGAAUGUGCAGGUGACAAAGCCACAGGAAAAUUGAAAAGAGGAGACUUAAAAAAAAUCCCUCAAAACUUUGCCACCUGGAUGUGUUGUACAUUGAAUGCAACGUCUUUUGAAUCUUGAUUUCCAAAUUCACCUCUUGAGCAAGCUAUUGGAAAUGGCAUCAUAAUUUUAUUUAAAGAAUAUGCCAAGUUAAGAAAAUUGUGGAACUCUGAUAAUAAUUCAACUCAGAGUCUUUUAAAAGACGAAGAUUGCAAUAAUAGUACAUUACAAAAAAUGCCAUCUGAGCAAGAACAAUUUUUUUGCAUUCAGAAGACCAACUUGUUACAAGAUGAUGAGUCAGAUAGACUGUGUGUUUCUACAUCUAAUAUUACUAUUGAAAAGUCUACAUUUGAUCCUACAAUUUCAGAUAUUGUUGCCUAUGGCCUAAAAAAGGUGAAAAUAGAAUUGCCCAGGGUAAACAUACCAAAUGAAAUAAUUUUUAAAAAUGAAAUUGACAAAUAUAUGAAAUUAUUUCAAUGUAAAGAAAAAGCAUCUUUCAUUCAAAUGGAUGUGAAUGGGAACAACGUAAAUUAUUCUGAGAUUUAUAUUCCACAUAACAAAUCAGGAUUACAGUAUGACGAAGGCUUGAAAACAGCAAAAAUACUGAAUUUCAGUUGUACAAAAUGCCAAAACAACAUCAGAUAUAGCCCAAAUGAUCUACAGAAACAUUUUCAGUUGUUACACCAGGGAGAAUUGCCAUCGUACCCCUGUGAAAUGUGUAAUUUUUCAGCUAAUGACUUCCAGUCAUUCAACCAACAUCGCCGAACGCAUCGUAGCACCUUAGUAAAAUGUGAAAUCUGUAAUGAUGAUCACCGAUAUACUCUAUUGGACUUAACAAAACAUUUCACAUCUCAACAUUGUGUAAAUGGUAAUUUUCACUGUGAAAGAUGUAGAUUUUCAACCCAAGAUGUAGGCACCUUUGUUCAACAUAUACAUAGGCAUAAUGAAAUGCAGUACAAGUGUGAGAAAUGCCAUCAUGUCAGUUUUUCAGAAGAAGAGUUUCAGAAGCAUGUUGUUUCACACACUGGCAUGUUUCCUUUCAGUUGUCAGUAUUGUAACUACAUGGCAUCACGGAAAAACUACCUUUUAAAACAUAUUAUUACCUUACACAAAGACCAUCUCUAUGCAAAAGAUAAAAUGAAUACAGAUGAUAAUGAAAAAAGGGUGAAGAAUUCAAAAGGACUAAAACUUAUCUUGAAAAGGUACAAAACUGGUGCAUCAAGGAAAGCAUUGUGGAAGCGUAAAAAUAUUACCACCGAUGGCUGUAGAACUGAAGAAGAGGAUGAACAAGUUUUCAAGGCCUUGAAAGAGAGUCUGCCUAAAUCCGAAGAAGUAGGUCAGUCUGUAAAAGAACUCCGUGACAUUCUUUUAAAUGAAAAGCUUGUUUAUAGUGGAUCAAAAUCCUCUCCAACAAUUCAGUACAGCAGAGCAGAAGGUGGACUAGGUUCCACUAGGGGAUUGAUGAAAACAGCCGUUCAUGGUCCUACAGUGCUGAUGCUUAAAAAUAAUAAAAUAUCUGUUCCUGCAAACUAUAGUGCUAAAUUUUUGGGAUUCAAAACGGUGGAUGGAAAACAACAUAUAGUAAUAAAAUUGCUACCUACAGAAAAACAGAAUUUGCCAGGAGGAAAUAAGUUUGAUGGGAUUAAAGAUGGUGCAACUGAAUGCCAAGAAGAGACAGCUGUCAACUGUAAUUUACCUUUAGUUGCUAGAUCUCAUGAAAUUAAUAAUCAAAUGCCUAGGAAUAAUUCUGUUCACUUGUUAACAUCUCCAUUAUCUAACCAGUUUUCGGGAAAAAUAAAGCAAGAAGGUAAGACUACGUUAUGCUGCAGUGUAUCACAGAAUAUUGCACCACCUAUUGUGGUAGGAAAGCGUGCAACCCGUUUGCCGGUGAAAUCUGAAACAUCUUCAUUUCCUUGUGAUUUGGUGGUCAAGAAUAGAAGUCCAGUUUCAUGGAAAAAUUGUUUACCUCAAGACCAUUCCCAGCUUUUAUCCUCUUCUGGUACACGCAUGCUUCAUUAUGAUCCCAUGAAAAAACCUUUUCCUCCAGAAUUCAAAGUAGUGAAUGGUGAAGUAAACAACAAUAAUAAACACAAUAAUCUCUAUUGUUCAUCGGCAGAUUUUUCCAGUCAUGCACCCUUGCCUUUCCAUAAUUAUUCUAAAAUAGGCUUUUCGGAAACAUCAAAAGAACUUACUGCCAACAAAAUUUAUCCUCUGCAAAGCAAGCCUACGAGUGAAUCUAUGCCUUGUUUUUCACAAUCAGUAACAGAAUUAAAUUUAGACAAAAAAUCACUGCUGCCUCUUUAUGGCUUUGUAAAUGGUAAUAAUACUCAAGUAUUCUCAGCCAGCCCACCUACUCACAGUAUUGACAAACAGUGUUGGUUAGAAAAUAAUGAUGGACAAUUGUAUUUGAAUACCAAGGUAAAUCAAGUGUUGGAAAAUGUAGCUAAAAAAUCCAAGCAAGAAAAUGAUUCUAAUUAUGUAAAUUCAUCACUUAUGCCCAAAAUAACAUCAGUUUUCUCCCUUCAAAGUAAGCAGGCAUCCACCUAUUUGUCACCUGAAAUAAACCAGUCAUUACAAGAUGUAUUAAAAAGACCAACCAUCGCUCAGUCAAAUAACUAUGCUAAAACUAAUUAUGACGGAUCUUUUUCAAACAAAUACACAAAUUGUAGGACAUUUUCACAUAAUGAUCCAUCACCUUGUUGCAAUUUAACUGUUUCCUCUGAUAAAUUUAAGAGAGAACCGAAUACGAACAACACUGCAACAAAUGAAAGUAUAUACCUGAAUGGAGGACAAAUCCCUUUGCCUCUUAAAACAGAAGCAAUAAAUUCAGCAUCAGGGAAGACCAGUGUUGGUACACUGCUUAAGACUCAGACAGAUUCAAUCAUAACACAACAGUUGGCGAAAGAUAAGGUGCGCUAUAAUACCUAUGGCCCUAGUAAAAUGUGUCCAUUUUUUCCUGAACAGAAAAAAACAGUACUACCGUCAACUCCACCAAGAUUUUUUGUACCUUUGCAGCUUGCUCACAAGCAAGGAUUACAAGUUAUUUCAGGAAGGCCUUCUCCAAAAGUGAGUUCAUCAGAUGCUCAGACAACCAGAACUGCAUCUUUGCUUUUAAAUAAAGGACCUGGAAUGAUUUUGACAUUUGGAAGGGGGACCCUUGGAACAGCUGUAAAUGCCACUGAAAAUAAUUCUCAGGGUUUAGAGAAAACUGUAUCUAAGAAGACAGUCUCCUCAGACAAGGACCUACAAACAAAUUAUUCUAGAAGCCUAAGAAAUUCUAGUAUUAAUACGUGUAGUGAUGCUUCAUCCAUUGCCAUUCCACAAAAUGAUCAGCAGAACAUUACAAAUCCAGAGAGCAGACUUUCUUCCAUGAAAAUACUUGCUGGAUUUCAAGGCAGUAAGGCUGCUUGUGCAAAGUCUGCAAAACAGUCAGAGGUUGGACAGGAACAGCCAGUGUAUGCACUUUUGCCCAAUGGCAGACAAGCAGUUUUUCUUAAGUGUAUGUCAUCGAACAAAUCUCUUGUACAAAACCGUAAUAUUUUUCAAGGUCCUACAUAUAGUCAAAGUUCUGAACCAAAGAAACAUGGAGCAAUGCAACAAAAGCUUUUUUUGAAAAUUAAGACUUUCCCUGCUGCGGACAAAUGCCAACCAGUUAGCAACAUUUUCUCAUCUUUGCAGUUGAACAAUAUGAAGUGUUGCAAUACUCCUGCACUAAAUCAGAAAAAUACAGCUCACCCUUCUAGCAAUGCCUUAUCCUUAUCAGGUAAUAUGAUGCCAGCAAAUGCUUAUUCAGCAAAUGAGAAAUCAAAAGAUUCUUGCUCCUCUGUAGAACUGGUACAUUCAUCUAGAGACGGAAAGACGUGGUCACAAAAGCCCCCACCUCAAAAAGGAACAACUAACAAAGGAAGCAGUUUUGAAAAUCAAAAAGCCACAGAGAAUACGUCAAGACAAAUGUCAAAGGUUAGGUGUCAUUCAAAGCAAAAUGAUGCUAAAGUUUUUAAUGCUACAGUUUCGCAGAAGAAUAAGAAUUUGAAACGGAAAGCUAACGAUGACUUUCAGGGACCUCCUCGAAAGAAAACAUUGCAUCGAAAGUGCAAAGAAAAAAAUCAAGUAGAUGUGAAUGAAUCCUUGUUUCAAAUCCCUUAUAGACCAAGAGCAUCAAAAGAUACUCUAAGGAUUUUAAAUUUAUUUCCUUUUCAUUCUAAGCAACUUGUCAAAUGCCCCCGGAGAAAUCAGCCUGUUGUUGUGCUAAACCACCCUGAUGCCGAUGUCCCUGAAGUUUUAAAUGUUAUGAAAACUAUUGCAAAGUUUAAAGGACAUGUUCUAAAGGUCUCUUUAUCAAAGAGAACAAUAGAUGCUCUUCUGGAGCCAGAAUAUUAUAGCAACAGUUUGUACUUAAUUACUAAUGAACUGACUCAAAGAAAACACAAAAUGCUAAAACCUGUAAGUCCUGUAAAAGAAAGAUUUGUUUUAAAAUUAACACUGAAGAAGACUAGCAAAAAUAAUUAUCAGAUUGUGAAAACUACCUCUGAUAAUACGCUGAAAACUAAAUUUAGCUGCUGGUUUUGUGGGAGGAUAUUUGACAAUCAGGACAAUUGGGUAGGGCAUGGACAGCGCCAUCUAAUGGAAGCCACUCGAGACUGGAAUUCAUUAGAAUAACUUAUUGAAGAAUAUAAAAUCAUGUUCCUUUUACUGCCAAUUAUUUUGGCUGAUACCAUCCCAGGAACACAUUAUGUUUUUAAAAUCAAGUUUCAUGUUAGCACCUAAAAUGAAUCUCUAUAAAUUUUAAUAGUUGAUAUUGCAGUUUAAUUUGUGUUUGUUAUUACUAUCAUGGCAUAUAUUUGUAAUUGGAGAAUGAAUUUCAGGGCUUUUCUGUCUUGUAUAUAUUUAAACAUGAAAGCAUGUACAUAUUUUUGUACUUUGGUUAUUUGCUACAAAAUCUUGCACAGGAAUUCUAUUUUCCAGCUCUGUGCAUGCACUACUAAAAGGGUUUUCAGCUAUCCACAGCUAUUGCCGUAUUUUUCCUUGAUCUUUUAAAUAUUUUUUUUCCAGGGAUUGAUCACUGUUGUUAGCAAGUGCCUAAAAGAUGUGAAGCAGUUUACUUUGUGUCAACUGUAUAACCAUGGGUCUGUAUAGGACCAGGUCUCCUAACAGUUUCUUUUAAAACAAAGCCAUAUGUGAAUGCUUUAAGCUAUAUUGCUAUGCACAUGACACUUGUACUAUUUCUGUGCAGUUUGUCUACUUUCUUAGUGAAGUAUUUUUUCAUACAAAUCAAUAAACUUAUUACUGUGUUUAUGCCUAAUUAAGAUAACUGUUGAAAACAAUGUAUUCCCUGUUUGUAUAACAGUACUACUGAAUUCCAAGUGAACAUUUGUCAUCCCUACAACAUUGGUAUUAAAUUUUAUUAAGAAUUGGAUUUCAUAAUUUUGCAACCAAAUGCCUGUAAAAGACAGUCUUGUCAUUGUGAUCAUGGUCAUGCUAGAAAGCAGAAUUGUAAUUUUCUUUGUUACAUUUUGGAAAGGGUUCCUUUUAAUGGAACACCAUCAGUUGGGAUUUGAAACAUUGAUGUUUCAUAACCAUACGUUAAGAAUAUUUGAAUUUAAUUGAAAAAUAUCUUGCUUGGACCAUCAUUUCUUAUUUAGACAAAAUAUUUGUCUCAGGUUGAUUGAAGAUUUUGUCUGUCAGUUUCCCCCCUCUUUAUACUGAAAGUACACAUAGAUGAUUUCUACUGACCCUUUACUUAUACACAAUCUAUUGGCUUUCUGAAAGCCUACAGUUGGGGGUGGAGUGGGAUGCCAUUGCAUAAUUCUGGUCUGUUAAGGUACUUUUAUCUGGAAACAGAUCAUCUUUCUUCUCACUAAGAAAUAACAGAAAAAUAUAUUUGCUGUAGUGCAGACCUGCCAAAUGAAAAGUUUUCAACUUUGUAUUAGAUACACACAGCUUUCAAGUGAGAAGAAUACACUGAACAAUAACAUAGAUGGUGCCUUCUUUCUCAUGUAAAAUGAUGGAUAAGGGAAUAGAUAUUUCUUAAAAUUUUCCACAAACUUGAGAUUUAAUUCAGGUCCAAACAGGUGCUGUGUGCUGUUAACCUGUAUGUUGAUAGAAAUAAUAUAUUAACCCCCCUUAAGAAAGUGAAUAAUUUGACUGAUAUUAAAGUGAUGUGUUUUGAAAUGAAUUACGAUUCAGGAUUACCUUUUAAAAUUUCCCCUGCACAUAUUUCUUGUUAAUAAGUUUGUUAUAUAGAUAUAUUACUCUAUAAUUGUAUUAAAUAAUUUAAACCUUGAAUAAAGCACAGGUGUUUAUUAAUAUCAAGGAAUUAACUUGCGGUAAAAAGUCUUGGUUGUUUUGUUACUUGAGCUGACUUUCUCAGUACUAAGCAACUUAAAUAUUAUUUUACAUAGGAGCAAUUGUAUCAAGAUAAUUAACACCUGCAUAUCUAGACAUUUCACUUAUAUUCUCUAUUUGUAAAAAGAAAACAUUAGUCACAGAGGGCUCAACCAUGUAUUUAGAUCGAGUUUCAACUUGUUUGCAAAAUUAAAUUUUCUAAGGCUGCCGGGCACGUAAACAUGCACAUAUGUACGCUCCUAACAUGGCUUAAGCAUUUAUAUGGGGCCUAGCCUUUGCCACAGUGCUGCUGUAUGUCAUAUUCCUUGAAUAUGUAAGAUCAGAGUAAUUUUGUCCCUCAUUUUCUUGUAAUACUGAUAUUUUUAAUCCUAUUAUAUGGCACAAUAUUAAAAUUU